AUGCCGUCUGCUUUCCCUAUCACCUAUUCAAACCCUGGAACUGCUCAACAGCAGGUUUUUUAUGAGUCUCUUCCUUAUUCUGUAAUGAGAGAAUUAAGGAAAGCCAUUACUGACUCUGGUCUAAAAUCCUCUUAUGUAACAGGAAUGCUAGAAGGCAUAGCAACUGGUUACAUAAUGCUGCCUCAGGACUGGAAAGACCUGAUGCGCAUGCUUUUAUCCCCAGCUCAGUAUGUGGUGUUUGAAAGUGAAUUUAAACAUAGCGCAUCAGCCCUGUCUGAUCCGCAGCAUACUGCCAAUCAACUUUAUGGCGCUGGUCAGUAUGCUGAUACAACAGCCCAGGCAACGCUGACACCUGUACAUUUUAGUCGCACCGCGACCUGUGUACAACGCGCCUUUCGGAAAGUCCCUGUUUCAGGGCAACCGCUGAGCUCCUUUGUUAAUAUCAAGCAACAGCAUUCGGAGCCAUACCAUCAGUUUAUAGAUAGAUUGAAAGAAUCAGUCACCAAGCAGAUUGAUAACACUACAGCUCAGAAUGAAUUGAUGAAAAAAUUGGCCUUUGAAAACGCAAACACCGAUUGCAAGAAAGCAUUGCAGUCAAUCAUACAUCGCCCUAAAUAUGACCUGGCCGAUAUGAUUCAAGCCUGUGCAGAUGUCGGUAGCCAGAGCCAUGCGAUGUCUUUGCUUGCCGGCGCUAUCCAAGCUACCAAUAGACCUACAGGUAACUGCUUUAAUUGUAAGCGCCCAGGCCACUUUGCCAAGCAAUGCAGAGCCCCCGGCGGGGGGGCAAACAAGGAUGGUGUUGCCUCUAAGGCUAAACCUUCUAAAAAAUGCCCGAAAUGUGGAAAAGGCUAUCAUUGGGCUAAUCAAUGCAGGAGUCCAGGAAACUCCAUUGCGGCCCCACUCUCGGGCCAGGGCAAUUAGAGAGUUUUCCACCUUUAGUUUCUGCUGCUGCAAACUUUUCUAAAAAAACACCCUCUGAAUUUGCCAUUGAUUUGAUCAAUCAAGAGACCAAAGACUCUGUUUUACCUGGUGAAAUUGUUCUUAUGCCUACUCAAUUGGCAGGCCCACUGCCUCCUAAAGUCGCAGGUUUAAUUUUACCCAAAUUUUCUGCGGCAAAAGAAGGAAUCCAGGUUAUUCCAGGAGUUCUGGAUCCUGACUAUGUAGGCACAAUAAUGGUUCAACUCUGGAGCCAUAUGCCCAUGCAAUUAAAAAGGGUGAGUCUUGGGCGCAUUUGGUGGUGCUCCUUCUCAUCCUACUGCUUCUAUUAUGGAUACUAAUUUGCACGAGCUCUCUUCUUUCCCUCCACAGCUGUUAACUGUAGUCCAGAGGAUUGGUGAAAAGAAACUUCUUCGUAAGUAUAAAAUCAAUGGUAUUGUGCUAGAAGGCUUGAUUGACACAGGCGCAGACGUUUCUGUAAUUUCUAGUAGUUGCUGGGACCCCACGUGGCCCCUUGAGUCUGCCUCUGCAGUCUGGGGUGUGGGUGGCCCCCAAACCUCUUCCAAAAGCGUACAGUGGCUGCCUGUUUCUCUGCCUGAUAGCUCUGAAACCAUUGCAUACAUCCAGCCCUGUGUGCUGAAAAUCCACCUCAAUCUGUGGGGAAGAGAUUUACUACAACAAUUACAAGCUACCAUUCAAUUUAAUGAGUAAGCUUGCACUCCCCUCAGCUGGAAAUCUACCAGUCCUGUAUGGGUGGAACAAUGGCCCAUAACAGGAGAAAAGCUACUUGCUUUAAAACAAUUAGUGAAUGAACAAUUAUCGGCAGACCAUAUAGAGCCUUCAGUUAGCCCCUAUAAUACACCCAUCUUCGUCAUAAAAAGAAGAGUGGCAAAUGGAGAUUUCUCCAGGAUUUAAGGAAAAUAAACCAAAUCCUUGAACCCAUGGGGCCUUUGCAGUGUGGUCUGCCUAAUCCAAAUAUGAUUCCACAUUCUUAUCAAUUGGCUAUAAUAGAUCUGCAAGAUUGUUUUUUCUCCAUUCCCCUACAGGAGAAAGAUCGUAAAUUCUUUGCUUUUACCGUUCCUGUGUUAAAUAACAGUCAGCCCACGGAACGGUACCAAUGGAAAGUCCUACCACAAGGGAUGUUGAAUUCCCCUACCAUGUGCCAAUACAUCAGCCAUGGCACACCUUGCUGUUUAAGCCGUUUGUCCAUCAUUUUACCCAAGAAGCAUCAUUUAUCCCGCUCUAGAUAUCGCCGCUAUGUGGAAUUGACUAAUGAUUGUGAUGCUUUUGUCUCUUUUCCCAGUAGGUCUGAAUAUAUCUCUUUAGUUGUUUCUCUCUUAGGAGUCCCUGGAUUGGCUGUACGGAAUCGUAUGAACAUUAAUUCUUUAGCUUGUUAUGCAGCAAAAGCUCUGAAUUUUACUUCACAAGCUCUUCACCUUUUGAAUAAAGAACAGUGA